AUGUCUCACUUUUCAACCAACUCGAUCCAUGGAGGAGAUCACCUCAAAACGACCAACGAUGUAAUCACACCCAUUCAUAUAACUACCACAUAUGCUUAUUCCAAUAAUCCAGAAGAAUUAACUCCAGGUGAAUUAACUAAUCCCAAUGUACUAAUCUACUCUAGAGAAAACCACCCCAAUGCGGCGCAAAUAGAAGCGAUAGUUGAACUGAUCACAGGCUAUCCAACAGUAGUCUACAACUCUGGUCUUGGUGCAUUCAAUGCGUUGAUGACUCAUGUCAAUCCCAAAGCCUUGGCUAUUGGGGAUGGAUACCAUGGAUGUCAAGGCAUAGCAGACAUUUGGAAGAGAAAUUUUGGUUUGAAGCAGAUACACAUUGAUGAUGAUGAUGACAAGGCUUGGGAGGUGAUUAAACCGGGUGAUUUAGUACAUUUGGAAACGCCAUUGAAUCCAUAUGGGACAUACUUUGAUAUUACCAAGUACGCCAAGAAGGCGCAUGAUAGAGGUGCUCUUUUGAGCGUUGAUGCAACAUUUGCGCCACCUCCUUUGCUUGAUCCCUUCAAGUUUGGUGCCGAUAUUGUUUUGCAUUCUGCUACAAAGUUUUUUGGGGGACAUUCUGAUUUAUUAGCUGGGCUAUUACUAAUCAAGUCUAAAGACGUUAAAGGGCAAUUACUUUUGGAUAGAUUGGUUCUUGGUUCAAAUAUUGGUAAUUUGGAAAGUUCGCUUUUAGUGAGAAGUUUAAGGACCUUUGAAUUGAGAGUUGCUAGACAGUCGAGAAGUGCUGAAACCAUUAUUCUGUUUCUUAAUAAACACAAGUCGAGAUUUUCACAUUUGGAAAAGAUAUAUCAUGGAUCACUUCAAAAUGAUGAAUUUAUCAAUGAGCAAAUGCCCAAUGGUCACACGCCUGUUUUCUCAAUAGAAUUGCAAACAAUAGAUCAAGCAAAAGCAUUACCUUCCAAAUUGAAAUUGUUUCAUCAUGCUACUAGCUUGGGUGGUGCUGAGAGUUUGAUUGAAUGGAGGGCAAUGAGCGAUAAUCAUAUAAGUAAGAAAUUAUUGAGAAUUUCAAUUGGAUUAGAGGAUCCUAGAGAUUUAGUAGCAGAUUUAGUUGAUGGAUUGUUGAUAAAUGACUCCAAUGAAGAAAAUGAGUUGGUGGAAGAGAUUUCAAAAUUGAUUGUUUAG